AUGGUCACCGUCAUAAUGCUGAACGACGGUGUGGACUGCAACCAAGCGAUGCGCCUAUCUCACCAGUUCGUUCAACAAGAGGCCGCCCAGGGGUUCCAGAAGGUGGAGCGUCAUCUUCGGACACAAUCCCUCGUUGUGAGUACGGAGCGCAGCGUUGAAGACGCAUUCAUUGAGGGAUGCAAGAAUGUGGUAAUGGGGCUUACCCAUUGGAGGCAGAGUCCCUCUUAUUCGCCUUCUGAUUGGGCAGAUCUCGUUAACUGA